GGAUGCUCUAACUCUCAUUCGCGUACGCCGAGCACUGGCGGCCUCAACACGUCCUCUGACUGUUCUUUUCGUCUCUAUAUCAUCCUGGGAGGCUUCUAGUUCAAGAAUCUCGUAAAACCGUCCAGUAUCUGCGCAGAUCGACCGACAAGACCUCUUCUCACGCGCUUGCCCAUGCGUGUCCCCGCGCGAUGAACACUAGGGGACGUUUCGGGCACUCAGGACCCUCUGGAGUCGCAAGAGAUGCUAGGCACAGACAGGAUGCGGACCAUCCGGCGGAGAACGGGGCAAAGGCGAGUGGCGUAGAGGAACGCGUCGCGCGUGAACGCGCUCGCAUGGUGCAGGAUAGGCAAACAGAGUUGGACCAGGUCUCUGACAGGCAUGAUACCUACGUGCGCGAACGCUUUCACCUCGAGAAGUUCGUGACAUUGGUUUCGUACGAUCCCAAGAUUGCCAAACAGGACAGCUCGACCGUAUUUCGCGAGUAUAAAUCGCAGUACGAUUUGGUCGAGGACUCGAAGAGUGCAAGCUCAUCACGGCUCACGCGAAAGGCUCGCACCGAGCGUUUGCAAGCUUUGAAGACAACUGCAGCACCGUCGAAGACAGUUCGUUCAAAGAAGAAAGGGCAGGACAAUGACGCCGUCACAGCUCCUGCUCCCACCGCCUCAACGCCGUCGAUAUCUGCUCCUGUGAGGCCCAGACCAUCGCGCCUGAUGCCUCCUCCAGAAGUUCCUGCCAGCGUCAGUACAUACGUUGGUAAGGGCAAGGGCAAGGCAAAGGCCGUCACCGAGGACCCACCCUCUGUUUCUCCCAUAAAACGUCAACAACGAGUCAAGAACGCACGGGAUAGCGCAGCUGAAGUGGAGGAUUUACCCCCUGCAAAAAGGCGACGAAUCGAGUCGAACGGCCGAUCUUUCUCCGCUGCCGGUCCAGAAGACGCACCGUUGUCGCAUACGAAGCAUCCACCGGAGUCGGUAUCCGCGACACUGUCCAGCCGUCGCAAACCCACAAAGCGGAAGUUGUCGCCCAAUGGUGCCCGUUCUGCUACUCGUCGGGCUGAGCCUACCUCGCCGAGCACAAGUCCCCUCAAGCGCAUCAAGCUUAUCGUUCGCCGUCCAGAUCCGGUGUAUUCGAGCCCCGUGCAGAGGCCACCCCCGCCACGGUUCGGAUCCUCGCUGUCUGCGCUGCUCUCGUCUUAUACCACGCUGGACGGUAACGACGUGAACGAGGAUGCUAUCCAGGAUCGCAUCCAGCAAGUUGCAGACUUUUGGCGACGCGUAGGGGAACUGCGCGAGGAGGGGCGGUUCUUCCCGGAGAGCGUCGGCGACGAUUCUCUGCCUGUAAGUCCUCCCCAGAGAGGGCCAAACAUGAACACUAGUCAAGAUACAUGGUCGCAUAUUAUCGAGGCUGUCAAGGACCGUGCUACGCAUCGCCCUACCAGCGGUCGACAGGUCGCUGCCCAGGUUGCAAGCAGGGUGCGGGCAUACUGGGAGGGCCGAGCGGUGAAGGACGACAAGCUGAAGCUGCAGGAAGAGAAGCGGCUGCGUGCGCUCGCGAAGGCGACGAUCAGGCACGUCAUCGACGAGUGGAAGAAGGCUGUCCAUCAUAUUCGCAGGGAGGAGCAGCUCAGGCGCGAGGAGGAGGAACGGAUACGCGGGCAGGAACACCUGGAUGCCAUCCUCGACCAGUCUGGCCAGAUCUUGACCGCUCAACAGCUGGAUCUGAGCAAGGCAACCCCGCGCAGCCGGUCCAGCAGCGUAUCGGCGGCACUUAGUCGCUGGGCAUCGGCGUCGCCGGAGCCAGACGACGCAUUGUCGAGUGAGGCAGAUGGCGCAGCUGUCUCUGACGAAGAGGGCGAGGAGAGCGACGAGUCCGAACCAGAGGAAGGCGCUGAUAUCAGUCUCCUACUUGGUGAUGGCGCAGAGUCGAUGCCUCGCAGUCCGAGCUCUCGGUCUAGAUCGUCCUUGGGACCGACGACGACCGAAAACGCGUCCGUGGAACAAACUCCUGAGCCCGACUCAGGGAUCGCGUCCCAGUCGCGACGCAGUCGAAGUGUAUCGACCAGUAUACACGUCGAGUCUAUACCGGUUCGAACACCUUCGCCUAGCCCGACGCCUACUGUGGAACACUACAUCGAGUAUGCGGAUUCGGAGACACCCAUACCGCCCAGCUAUAGCCCUGGCAAGGCUGAUUGGGGCGACAUAUUCCCGUUCGCUGCCUCGUCCGGUUCGUUUGACUUCUCGGCGCAUGACGAUGAAGCCAUUUCCGUUGCGGUCACGAAGACUACCUCGAGUGUGGAUGGUGAGGUGGGACCUUCGUCUGUGUCUGCCCAUCUGACGAAUGGCGGAACUCUCGACCAUAUGGAUAUUGACCAAGCCACCCCUGUUCCCGAGGAUAGCCAGGAUGUAGGCACGUCCGAGUCGCAGUCUAUGGCGGAGGAUCUUCCACAUGAGGAUGUUGCACCAUCGUCAGAUUUCGUUCCAGACGACGAAAUGGUGACAUCUCCGCAGGAACCUCAACCGGAUUUGGCUGCACUAGAGAUGACUCCGACGGAGAACGAUGCCGAGGACGUUGCUGCCGAAGCAGAGGAAGAGCUGUCAUCAAUACCUGUUUACUUGAGGCCGUAUGCCGUCGCACCAGUCGAAUGGGAUCCGUCGUCGCCUGUCAAAGCACCCUUCCUCCUCCGUGGCAAUCUGCGGCCGUAUCAGCAAGCAGGCUUGGAGUGGUUGGCCAGUCUUCAUAUAAACAACCUCAACGGCAUCUUAGCUGAUGAGAUGGGCCUUGGGAAGACAAUCCAGACGAUCUCCCUCCUUGCUCAUCUUGCCUGCGAACGCGGAAUCUGGGGCCCUCACCUGAUCAUAGUUCCCACGAGCGUUUUGCUGAACUGGGAGAUGGAGUUCAAGAAGUUUCUCCCCGGCUUCAAGGUCCUCAGCUACCAUGGAAGCACGAAACAGCGGAAGGAGCUGCGCCAGGGGUGGAACAACAAGUACCACUUCAACGUCUGCGUGACCUCGUACACGCUCGCAAGCCGAGACGCGCAUGUUUUCAAACGCAAGGCGUGGUACUACAUGAUCCUCGAUGAGGCGCACAUGAUCAAGAACUUCCGGUCGCAGCGAUGGAAUAUCCUUCUCAUGUUCCGCUCCUUUCGACGCCUCCUCUUGACCGGCACACCGCUGCAGAACAACCUCACGGAGCUGUGGGCGCUGUUGCAGUUCUUGAUGUCAGGAAGCAACUUUGCCAACCUCAAAGAAUUCGGCGAGUGGUUUGCGAACCCUCUUGAGAAGGCGAUCGAGAUGGGAACCAUGGACGAUGAGACACAACAGCGCGUCUCGAAACUCCACAUGGUGCUACGUCCCUACCUCUUACGUCGGCUCAAGCGGGAUGUCGAGAAGGAGCUGCCACAGAAGUUCGAACACCUCGUCAUGUGCCCCUUAUCCAAACGACAGCGAUUCCUGUACGACGAGUUCAUGGCCCGUGCAGACACUAGGUACGACCUGCAGUCGGGUGUCUACCAGAAGAUCGCGAACAUCCUCAUGCAGCUGAGGAAGGUCGUCAACCAUCCGGACCUAUUCGAGGUUCGCCCGAUCGUCACCUCCUUCGCCAUGGAACGCUCCGCCAUCGCCGACUUCGAAAUCAAAGAGCUCCUCGUUCGCCGGCGCCUUUUUGCUGCCAGUGAUAACGAUUACUGUAACUUGGACCUACUCGGCCUGCAGUUCAUUCAGAAGCAGAACACGUCUUCCUUCGCUUCUGCCGAGAUACGGUCCCUGGAUGGGACACCGCGGUUACCCAUGAUUACUGAGCUCCCGGGCGAGCCACCGCCAUACGACACGCGGACAAUUUCCGGGUUCAGGCGCUAUCGAGAAUGGUCCCAGCGGGCUUCGGAGAUCGCGAAGUGGAGUCAUUUUGGAUACAUCAACAGGCUGCGAUGCUCGCCGCAGCCGAUCUAUGGUGAAGAACUCAUCCGCAUCAGUCAGCGGCUGUACUCUCCCUUGCUCCCACUGUCGUCGAUGGAAAAGCGGCCUUGGACUGUGCUCGACAGGAUAAACUCCGCCGUCAAGUCGUAUGCUGGACGAGCUGAGGAGAUGGCCGACACCAUCGCCAGGUUCGCGUUCGUCACACCAGCUGUCAUCGCGCGGGAUCUUCCUCGUAUCACACUUGCUGGUCGUGAAGAGAGCGUCUUAGCCGUACAGCGGGAUGCCAAGUUCGACCAGACUCUCCAUCGUGCCGCUAUCAAGUUGCAGAUUGCGUUCCCAGAUCCGUCCCUGCUGCAGUACGACUGCGGUAAACUGCAAGAACUCGCGCGGCUUCUGCGAGAACGCAAAGCGGGCGGCCACCGCAUCCUUAUUUUCACCCAGAUGACGAGGAUACUGGAUAUACUGGAAACGUUCCUGAACUUUCACGGAUAUCUGUACCUGCGCCUCGAUGGUGCUACGAAGAUCGAGGACCGGCAGUACAUCACGGAGCGAUUCAACUCGGAUUCACGCGUAUUCUGUUUCAUUGCCUCGUCACGAUCCGGAGGUGUCGGCAUCAAUCUGACCGGCGCAGACACUGUCGUUUUCUAUGACAGCGACUUCAAUCCACAAAUGGACCGCCAAUGUGAGGAUAGGGCCCACCGUAUCGGACAAAUCCGGGACGUGCACAUCUAUCGCUUCAUCUCGACGCACACCGUCGAAGAGGCACUGCUGCGAAAGGCGAACCAGAAGCGGACGCUCGAUAACAUCGUCAUCCAGAAGGGCGAGUUCGACUGGCACUCGCUGCUGUCCAACGAGGCAGAGAAGGAGCUGACGAAGGCGCUGGGCGACGUCGAGGACGAGGCUGACGCGCUUGCGGCGGCGGUGGCGGCGCGAGAGGAGGUCGAACUCAUCGGCGAGGAUGAGCGCGACUUUGGCGCGGAGGGCGGCGCGGACAAGGAGCAAAAACGGGUUGCGUUCGAGGACAUCCCGGUGGACGAGGCGGUUGCUGAAGACACGGAGGUGCAUUUCGCGGAGGAGCAAGAGCAAGAGGCGGGAGAGGAUGAGGAGGAAGGCGGCACAACCGUCGACUACAUGCUUGCCUUCGUGCGCUUCGAUAUGGAUCACUUCGUGGAUUGGCGUCUUUGAUGUCCGUAGGGGUGCUCCUCGAUUAUUGUCGCAGGAUGGUAUGCUGCAAUGUAUGCGUCUAUCUGUACUGAUAUAAUACGCUUUACUUCUCACUCC